AUGGCUUUAGUUGAGCCUUGGGCUCGGAUCUGCGCGAGGCCAUCUCCUCCACCUAAGCCGCCAGACCUAACCUCUGCAUCGUCUGCACCAUCGCGCUCGCUCAGCCUCUUCCAUCACCGUCUAACUCAGCCGACAACCACCCUAGACCUGAACGGCACGAGAUCUAGGAGGAGUUCAUGGCGCAAUGUCGAUGGCGGAUUUUCAAGCCACCACCACCACCUUUGCCGUGGCCUUAACGACAGGGAGACUACCCUACCCCCAGCCCCGCCUCCGGCUUCGAGUUUUGCUCCAUCGACGGCAAAAUCUUCUCCUUCGCCGGAGCUACAGUUCGACUUCUACGGAAGAGAAAUCGAAUGGACUCUGAAUUCCUCACCGGCAAGACUUAUCACCUCGCUCCCUCACCCUGUUUCUGAACCCAACCCUCAGCCCAGGGUUUCAACCUCUGCUCCUUGGGCUACAAAAUCACCGCCGCCUCCGAUUUUCUAUAUCUCCUCCUCGGCCGAGAUCUGCUCGUGGCCAAGGUUGAAACCAUCCUUAAGUUGGCCAUCUCACUUAAACAGAUCGUGUAUCCCGUUGUGGCUAAUGCCAUCGGUCCUCCAUGGCGCUGCUCACCGAAAAAGAUGA